UUUCUCAAGUCCUACUGUUUUUGCUCUCUCUAUUGAGUGUGUCUAGGUUGUCAUAAAGAUGGCAGGAGCUAGGAGAGUCUUACUCAUGCUUCUUGCGGCAUUUUUGAUGGUCAAUGCACAACAUGCAUUCGUAAGUGGUGCUUUGACAUCAGAAUUGCAAAACAAAAUUGCUAAAGCAAACCAAAAGGGACCUUAUCUAGGUUUGGUUAUACCAAAUUCGUUUGAACUAGACCCUCUGCUUCAGAAUCCAGGCUAUACUGCUAGUGACACCAUCAUUGACUUCGCAGGAAGGAGAUUUCGCUUUGGUUCCAUUGGAGACAAGCCUGUUCUACUGGUCAUGACAGGAUUGAGCGUGAUAAAUGCAGCUAUAACUACUCAGCUUCUGUUAAGCUUUUUCUCAGUAGAUGGAGUUGUGCAUUAUGGCAUUGCUGGAAAUGCAAACCCGUCCUUGCAUAUUGGAGACGUAGCCAUUCCACACUAUUGGGCUCAUUUAGCACUUUGGAACUGGCAGAGAUACGGACAAGGGCCUGAUGAUAAAUUAGCCUUAGAAGCUAAUGGAGACUACACGAGGGAAGUAGGGUACUUAAAAUUUGCAGAGUUCACCUCAAACUUAAGUGCGGGCAGCACAUUUGACAACCUACUCAACAACAUAUGGUACCAACCAGAGGAGAUUUUUCCCAUUGAUGGCAUUCCAGAAGAAAGGCAACAUGCCCUUUGGGUUCCUGUUGAUACCAAGUACUACCAUAUUGCUAAAAAACUGGAGGGCUUGAAGCUAGAAAAGUGCUUGAACUCAACGACAUGCUUGUCGACGACUCCUAAGGUGUCGCUUGUGGAGAGAGGAACAAGUGCAAGCAUCUACCUAGACAAUGCAGCGUACAGAACAUUCAUCUACAAUAAGUUCCAUGUGAGCCCAGUAGAUAUGGAAAGUGCAUCGGUGGCCCUUAUUUGCUUACAACAAAGGGUGCCCUUCAUUGCUAUUAGGGCUCUCUCCGACUUGGCCGGUGGUGGCUCCGCUGAUUCUAACGAGGCUGAUACAUUCGCACCACUCGCCGCCACUAACUCAGUGAAGGUGGUUAUUGAGUUUGUGAAGCUUUGUCACACCACAUGAAAUGGUGGUCAGCGUAAUAUUAUUAGUCUUUAAGUAAUCCGUGCAUGAUGCAUAUGUACACGACUUUAUUGUUGGUUGUUCGGAAUAAUAAGCAUACAUGCAUUGAUCUAAAUGGAGAAAAUAAAGUUUACAAAAAAAAAUAAAAAAAAAUGGAGAAAAUAAUAUUUCCAAUAUAUAUAUAAGGGUAAAGGAUUUCUCCAGUCACCGGGAAUAAAAUUAUUUCCAGUAAGUUCAA